AUUCACCACUACUACACCCUAAAAUCGGCCCAAAAAUACGGUAGGGUUUACGGCACGUACUCAGUGACGGGUAAGUCGCUGGUGGUGAACGACCCCGAUUUGCUCCGGGACAUCAUGGUCAAGGACUUUCAUUUGGUCCCGGAUCGCAGGCAUUUUCACCUAGGUUCGUCCAAGAUUGGGAAAUACAUAUUUUUCCAGCCCGGGGGCGACGAUUGGAAAAGGAUCCGAUCGUUACUGUCGCCGGUGUUCACGUCGGGUAAACUGCGGGCAAUGAUGGCCCACAUCGAGGGUAUAUCCGACGGUUUGGUUACUAGUUUGCGUGUAUACGAGAAAAAGGAACAUAAUCAAGGUGAAACGGUAGAUAUGCGCCAAUAUAUCGGUGCCUUCGCCAUGGAUGUGAUCAGCGCCUGUGCUUAUGGUAUAAACGUCGAGUCCAUCGACAACCCCAACCACCCGGUGGUGACAAACGCUAAAAAAAUACUGGGUGUCGACGCCGGUAUCAGUUUGCUAUUGUCGGUGUCAGCACCCGGGUUAGCCAAACGGUUAAAGUUGGAGCCCUUUGACAUAAAUGCUUUCAACUAUUUCGAUGAACUCACGAAUCAAAUCGUGAAAGAAAGGAAAGUUAGCCAUAAAUACAAAGACACCGAUAAAUUAUAUGAGUAUAUAAAUAAGAAAAUCCAA